AUGGCUCCUAAGCACUCCGAGAAAAGCUUUUUUAGCGCCGCCUACGAGCAGAUUACGUCUCCGGAGCACAAGACAAUCGUGAGGAGCAUCCUCGUCUUCGGCGCUGGUGUCGCCUUCCUCCACAGCAGCCUUUCUGAGCUCCUCCUCCCUCCGUAA